GCAAACCAUAAACCUAUAUGGAUGGACUUUAGGUGAGCUCCGUGUCCCCGGCAAGAAAUACCCAACAGGCUGAAGCCCCUUGGAAGCCAUGUAUGUUGGCGGCUGUCAGUGCAUUGUGCAGGGUUUUACCUGCUGAGUGAAGCAGGAAGAGGAAGACUUGUCUAUUACCAUGCAGCCUUUCGCUUUACGUGGUGGGUAAGAAGUGGGUGACAGACAGACAGACAGACAGCUGGGAGACAUAUCCCUCACUGCUUCAUUACCAUGUCAUUGAAACUACCAAGAAACUGGGAAUUCUCCCUGAAACCUGAUUUUGGGAGAAUAGUCCGUUCGGUUAGCACAACGAUGAGUGACCAUUCUUUGUCAUCCGGACGGCUGCACAACUCCUUGGAGAAACCAGUGAAGAGCGGAUGGUUGAAGAAACAGCAGAAGACAUUUGUCAAGAAUUGGCAGCAAAAAUACUUCGUGCUAAAGGGACAAUAUCUCUAUUAUUACAAAGAUGAGGAUGACAGUAAGCCACAGGGUUCCCUGUUCUUACCUAGAAGCACAGUCAGUGAGGUCUCGGGUAGCCCUGACGAUGUGGGAAAAUUUAUCUUCGAGGUUAUACCAGGAUCAGGAAAAGAGACGAACAAAUCCAUACCGGAUGGCUAUAUCCUUAUGGCAAAUUCCCAGCCUGAGAUGGAGGAAUGGGUGAAAGGAAUCAAGAGAGCAGCAGGUUUCCCAUCAGGAGCUGUAUUUGGCCAGCGAUUGGUAGACACCAUAGCGUAUGAGAAGAAAUAUGGAAGGCAUUUGGUUCCUAUAUUAAUUGAAAAGUGUGCAGACUUUAUCCUGGAGAAAGGGCUUAAUGAGGAAGGGAUAUUCCGUCUCCCCGGACAAGACAAUCUUGUGAAACAGUUGAAAGAAGCCUUUGAUGCAGGAGAAAGACCUUCGUUUAGCAUGGAUACAGAUGUCCAUACGGUGGCUUCCUUGUUCAAACUGUACCUGCGGGAGCUGCCCGAACCUGUUGUCCCUUGGUCCCAGUAUGAGAACUAUCUUGCAUGUGAAAGAACAAUAAGUGUUGAUGAGGAGAAGGGUCACCAAGAACUAAUGAUGCAAAUAAAGAUUCUUCCUAAAGAGAAUUAUAAUCUCCUCAGCUUCAUAUGCAGGUUUUUGUAUGAAGUACAGAAAAACUCCGGUGUAAAUAAGAUGAGUAUAGAUAAUCUGGCCAUGGUGAUCGGAGUCAAUCUGCUGAAACCAAAGACAGAAGAGCCAGUUGCCCUCAUGACAGGUGCUCCUCAGAUCCAGAAGUUGAUGACAGUGAUGAUCAGCCACCAAGAUAAAUUCUUUCCUAAAACCAACGACCUGCUUAUAGAAUCCAAGACCCAGAAGAAUGAUCCCAAGAACAUGCAGAUGCCACGCAGCUCAGUAGGUUGGGAUGCAGCUGAAGAUAGUGUUUCACCUUUAGGAGACUCACCUAAUGCGCAUUUGAGACAUUAUUCCCAUGGUUCAUCCAUCUCAGAUGACAGUUUGUCUCUUAAAGAAGAAGACGAUUGUUCCUUGUUACCAAAUAACUCAGAAUCGUGGCAGAUGUACUCAAGAAAACGUACUCAGACUCUCCCCACCACAAGUUUUAUCAUGUCACAAAAGCUAGGUGGCAACAGUCCCAACAGCCUCAAAGAAGAAAUAUUCAGCAGUGAGUUCUGGUCAUCCCCAUAUGGGCAAAAGGCAUAUUUAUCCACUUCCCCUGGCCACAAAAGGACACUGUCAGAAGAGAUUUCCCAACACAGAAGGUCAACCUACGAUAAUGUCCCAUGUCCCCAAGAUGAAAGUGGGAAAAACACAAGGACAGGUGCAGUUAAUGAAAGUACUGUGAGUGGUGAUGUCAAAAAGCCAGCCGGCCAGCAGAGUCCCAACUACCUGAGAAAUGGUGUAUACUGCCUCAUUACUGAUAAUCAGGAUGACAACAAUUGUGGCAGGUUAGCCAGUGCUCUGGAGGAGAUGACGAUUCAACAGAAAAUACUUGAGGAUCGCAUGAAAAGCCUGGAGAAAGAAAACUUUGAUGUUUGGAAAAAAGUGGUUAAAUUAAACGAGGACCUGGAAAAAGAAAGGAACCAGAGGAAGGCGCUGGAAAUCACGCUGCAGAACAUGGAACGGUCACGAGAUGACGCAGAACGGAGAAACAAGCAGCUGGAGCAGGAGAUUCAGGGCUUUGUCAGAGCCAUGAGCCAAGCUGGGAACAAGCCAUGAGACAAGUCACACUGACUCCUUACUAGGGAGUUUUAGCUGUGGACCAUAUGUUUAAAAUAAAAAUGGAUGAACAACUUGGUAUCUUGGGGUUGAGGCUGGUUUGGGCUCCAGAAAACCAAAAGAGAAUGUGAAAAAAAUAUGCAACAAGUUUUCUUUCCCAGAUUUUCUAAGACUACAAGAAGGACUUCCAAUGCAGUGGACUUGACCGUGAACAUUAGCACUUUCAGGUGGAUUGUCUGGACUUAUACUGUAUAAAGUCUGCCAUCGACCAUGACUGCCAUAACUUA